AAAUAUGCUGACUUAGCGCACUGAAAUGCCGGCAUACAUAGGCAAUAUAUCUUUUGAAAUAGGUGAAGGUGGAAAAAAAUAGAUAUUUGCUGGUAUUGUAACAUUUAUUCAUUAAACAUGUUCGGUUCCGCAGCUCGAAUAAUUUUCCUUGGUUUUGUACUAAAGCAAAUUUUGGAUUACAGGGACUGGUUGGACUUUAACCGAGAUGUCAUAUUUACAGUGACACCAGGAAAAUGUCACGUUGUUCUUCAUGACGGUGGAUCGGAGGAUUUGACCCAUGUCGGCAAUGGUGUUGUCCUGUUUUCGACGGGUUUACUGACUUCAAAGGGUCAUAUUAAAGCAGUAGACUUAAAUCAGAGUUUGAAUGCUUUUACUCUUAACAUAACCAACUCACCUGAGAGAGACGACUUCAUGACUAAACUACACGGCUUGUCGUCUUGGCGAGAUCCCCACACUGGUAAACUAUAUCUUUAUGUGAUAUCGCAUGCUUCGGAGGAAAGUAUUGAAGUAUUCGAAGUUGAAGACGGCAUGAACCUUGAAUACAUAAAGACUAUCACAGAUUCCAGUUUUGCUUCCAAAUUUAUGAACGAUCUUGUAGUGGUAGGAAAAGAUAAGUUUUACAUCUCACAGUUUGCACAUUUUCCGAUCCGUGACAUGACCAAGGUCAAUUUGGAAUGGCUGUCCCGCUGGAAAACUGGGAAUAUAUAUUACUAUGAUGGUCACAGGGCAAGAGUAGUAGCGUCAAACCUUGAACAGCCGAAUGGAAUCAACAUUUCUCCAGAUGCAAAGGUGAUAUAUCUGUCGGAAUGGGGAUCAAAGACAUUAAAGGCAUACAGGAGGGAAUCAACAAACAAUCUUGUUGAACUAUGGAGUACGUAUCUUGGUACUGGUAUCGAUAACAUUGAAGUGGACCCAGAUACCGGGGAUCUCUGGAUAGGAGCUCAUCCGGUGAUGUGGAAAGUUAUUGAUCUUUUAAAUAUAUUUGGUGCUAAACAUCCUGGUCAGGUGCUGAGAAUAAAAAUGACUGACAACGCUGUCUCCGAAAUAGAAGAGGUCUUCUCUGACGAUGGUAAUUUUUUAUAUGGGACUUCGUCAGCAACAAAUGUGAAUGGCAAGUUAGUCAUCGGUACCGUUUCACAGAAAGCUGCCGUUUGCGAACUCAACUAUUUGUCAAAGAAUGAAGCUACGGACAGCGGACUGCUUCCAGAUUCAUACGUAGCGAAUUGAAAAGGAUCGCAAACUAUAUAAGAGGUGUUUGAUGUAUUUUCACAAGACAAAUAAACUUCAGUGAAAGCAUA